AUCUAAGUUACAGACACACGAUUCACGAAGAUCUGGUGACCUCGUAAAAGCUCCAUAUUUGCGGAUCACGGUUUCGGUCACUUUACCAGCUUUAUUAACUUUCGUCAUUGCUAGUUAAACUGCAUCUCUUGUUGACAUGGCUUUGUUUCGCACAUUAUCUUUGCGGUUAAGCUCCCCUCCUCAGGGCUCUAUUUCUACCAUUGUAAGAGCAUUCUCUGAUCAUACUGAUCUGAAGGAUGUUCUUAACAAUAAAAUCCCUUAUGAACAGGAACGUGUCAAGAAGUUCCGUAAAGAACAUGGCAAUGUAAAAAUUGGUGAAAUUACAGUGGAUAUGGCAUAUGGAGGUAUGCGCAGCAUGAAAGGUUUGGUCACAGAAACAUCUGUCCUAGAUCCUGAAGAGGGAAUCCGCUUCAGGGGAUUAUCUAUUCCAGAAUGCCAACGUAUGCUACCUAAAGCUAAAGGCGGGGAAGAACCUCUACCUGAAGGUUUAUUCUGGCUUUUGAUUACUGGAGAUGUUCCAAAUGAAGCCCAAGUGAAAAGCUUGUCUAAAGAAUGGGCAAGCCGUGCUGAUCUUCCAUCUCAUGUUGUGACCAUGCUCAAUAAUUUCCCAGCCAACCUUCAUCCAAUGUCACAGUUCAGUGCAGCAAUCACUGCCCUGAACAGUGAAUCCAAAUAUGCCAAAGCUUACUCUGAGGGACUUCACAAAUCCAAAUAUUGGGAGUACGUCUACGAAGAUUCUAUGGAUUUGAUUGCCAAACUUCCUACUGUCGCUGCCACAAUCUAUCGUAAUUUAUAUCGCGAUGGAUCUUCAAUUGGAGCGAUCGAUACCAAAAAAGAUUGGUCAGCUAAUUUCGCAUCCAUGUUAGGAUACACCGACCCUCAGUUUACUGAACUGUUGCGACUUUAUCUAACUAUUCACAGUGAUCACGAAGGAGGAAACGUUUCGGCACAUACAGUUCAUCUGAUAGGAUCUGCUCUAUCAGAUCCAUACUUGUCAUUUGCUGGCGGUAUGAAUGGAUUAGCAGGACCUCUUCACGGACUGGCCAAUCAAGAAGUUUUGGUGUUCUUAAACAAAAUUACAGCUGCUUUGGGAGAUGGGUGGACUAAAGAGGGUUUGGUCCAGCUCAUUAAACAGCAGCUUGCUUCUGGACAAGUAGUACCUGGGUAUGGCCAUGCUGUGUUGCGCAAAACUGACCCGCGUUACACUUGUCAGCGUGAAUUUGCUCUCAAGCAUUUGCCCGACGACAAGAUGUUCAAGCUUGUUGCCCAGCUAUACGAAAUUGUCCCAGAUAUCCUUCUGCAAACAGGAAAGGUCAAGAAUCCUUGGCCAAAUGUUGACGCCCAUUCUGGUGUUUUGCUGCAACAUUACGGCAUGUCUGAAAUGAGCUAUUACACCGUACUAUUCGGUGUAUCUCGAGCACUUGGUGUGCUGGCAUCUUUGGUUUGGGAUCGUGCGUUGGGUCUCCCACUCGAGCGACCCAAAUCCAUGUCAACUGAUGGACUUAUGAAAUUAGUUAAAUCCCUCCAAUCCCAAGCCAAUGCGGCUAAAGGAGCGUAAUAAUUUUGACGAACUGAUAGUAAUAUACAACCUUACUACAUGUUAAAGAAUCAAACUUUUACUUUGUUUUCGUGUUGGCUGUAAGUCGAAUCCGUGUUAGAUUAUUCCUGAGUGCGCGACACCAUAUCUCCUGGAAUUUUUUCAAUGCAAACCUAAAUAGAAUUUCUUAAUAACGGCGACUUAACUGGAACAAGGGAUUGGUACAAACACGUUUCGAUGGUGUCACCUGUCACAGUAGUAAUGAGAAGUUGAUCGUCUGUAAAACCCCAAAGUAAUAGUUGUAAUACCCACAAUAAUAAACGUUUUCACUGGAUGUAA